CUGCUCAAGAAACACAUCCCUAAGUUGAUCUAUGUAUACCUGAAAAAGUUACAAAUUCCGAUUUUUAGCGACGUUAGGCAAGUUGUGUGUUUAUAUCUACAAAUUAAUGCGAAUUGUUUUGUUUGAUUUAGUUCUAAAAGCUAACGAGUGCAGAAAAUUAAAAUAUGUAAGAAUCGUUUGAAGAAUUUGAGCUUGAAAACGGGAGUUUAAUUUGUAAAAGACCAAGAAGAAAUAUUGAUGCGCUUGAGCUCAAAUAUACAUAUAGUCUGAAUCCGGAUGCUACUUGAAGUCAUCUAAAACCCAAGCCAGCAGAGAAUAGUUUCGAAAGUAUAUUGUGUUGUUUUCUGAGAAACUGCAUCUAUGGGCCACGAAAAAGCAAAUUCGGAUUCUGAUGCAAAUUCAGCGGAAGAAAAUCAGCUAAACGGUAGUAUUGCCCAAAACAGAGAGAGUAAAUUAAUUCCUCAAAAAUCUCAUCCCAAACAUCAAGAUACAAAAAAUGGCUCCAGCUCAGAUGGAAAUGAUAAAAGCAACUGCAGUGAAAAUAAUGACUCGGCAUCCAAUAGUAAAACAGUAAACAAAACUACCUUGUGUGUACAAAAAACGACGACUGAAUUUAAAUUACGCGUUGUCCCAUUAGAAAAGCUAUUGGAGAAACCAUUAGUGGAUAAAAAUAACGAAAGAACAAGUACAUUCUCGGACGCCCAGACAAGACGAUUACCAAAACGCAAGAACCGAAGCAAUUGCGUGGUCAUUGACUUGACGGAUAGUGAGGAGAGCGAGGAGGAAGAAGAAAUAGUGAAGUCCGUUUCAAAAACCAAAAAAUCGGUCCCAUCAAAAUCGGAGGCGUCGGCGCAGCCCAGCAAGUCUAACCCGCCGGUGAAACUGAGAGAAUUACCCCGUUUAAGGCAGUGUACUGUGCGCAUAAAAAGGACACCCUUCCCUCUCACGGACAGCCUGUUAGCAGAACGUGUAGCUGGUUCUAAAGUUAAUGGCGGAGAUACUUCAAUAAAAACCCAAGAUAAGCGCGACCGUAGAAAUAGCAACAAUAACUCAUACCUUAAAAACAAACCGUCAGCAUCCUUUAGAAAAAAAGUUAUGACCUCCGAUUCAUCUGAAUCGGAAUAUACAAAUCAAAAGAAUGAUACAGUUUUAGAUGGAGAAAAUUCCGAAGAGACCGAUGUUAAAAGCAGUGACAGUGAAGUGAUACCGGCUCGCAAAAAACGUGUAUUUUAUAAAAGAAAAAAGAGUAGUGAUGACGAUUCUGAUUUUGCGCCGCAGCCAGCUGCGAAAAAACGCGGACGCAUUCGACGCGGCCAAGACAGCAGUGACGAUGAUGACGUUGGUAAGCGGAAGGGAAGGGGCAAAAAGAACGCAAACUCUGAUGAGGAUGACGAUGACGAUUCCGAUGAAAAGAAUAAAAACAAACGCAAACAUAUCCGCAAAAUAAUUAAAACUAAGGAUCUUGAUAUAAGCACAAAGAAUGCCGCUAAAGAAGAGGAAGAACGUCGCAAACGCAUAGAAGAACGUCAAAAGCUUUACAAUCAAAUCUAUGAAAAGCCAGAAAAUGUUGAAGUCACUGAAUUAGUAUUGGAUUUUGACGAGGAAACAAAGAAACCUCUACUUCAAGUUGACAAAGGAAUUUUAAAGAAAUUGAAGCCCCAUCAGGUUUCCGGUGUUAAGUUUAUGUGGGAUGCUUGUUUUGAAACUAUCAAAGAAGCUGAAGACAAUGCUGGAUCAGGAUGUAUUCUGGCUCAUUGUAUGGGUUUAGGAAAAACACUGCAAAUUGUGACACUAUCCCACACCUUGUUGGUGAAUUCAAGGCGAACAGGCGUAGAACGUGUAUUAAUAAUAACACCAUUAAGCACUCUUAACAACUGGGCACGUGAAUUUAAACAUUGGAUAGGAUUUGCCAAUAAACGUAAUGUGGAAGUUUAUGAUAUGUCCAAGUACAAGGAUAAACCUACUCGCAUUUUUAAAUUGAAUGAAUGGUUUGAGGAAGGCGGAGCAUGCGUCAUCGGAUAUGAUAUGUACCGUAUAUUGGCGAAUGAAAAGGCAAAGGGUUUACGCAAGAAACAACGCGAGGCAUUGCAGCAAUCAUUAGUUGAUCCUGGUCCAGAUCUGGUUGUGUGCGACGAGGGGCACCUGCUAAAAAACGAGAAAACAUCCAUUAGUAAAGCAGUAACAAAGAUGAGAACUAAACGACGAAUUGUUCUUACCGGAACACCUUUGCAAAAUAAUCUAAAAGAAUAUUACUGCAUGAUACAGUUCAUCAAACCGAAUCUUCUUGGCACAUAUAAAGAGUAUUUAAAUCGUUUUGUAAAUCCGAUCACCAAUGGCCAAUAUACGGAUUCAACUGAGCGAGAUAUUCGCCUGAUGAAGCAUCGAUCCCAUAUUUUGCACAAAAUGUUGGAGGGUUGCAUUCAAAGGCGAGAUUAUUCGGUGCUGGCACCGUAUUUGCCGCCGAAGCAUGAAUACACAGUUCACACAACUCUAUCUGACUUGCAGCAGCAGCUGUACGAUUAUUAUAUGACGACCCAGCGUGAUGUCAGUGGUUCCGAUAUUAGCGGAAAAGGGGCAAGAUUGUUCCAAGAUUUUCAGGAUUUGCGUAGAAUAUGGACCCAUCCCAUGAAUUUACGAAUGAACAGUGACACGGUUAUUCGCAAGCGUCAACAGGCUAUUGACUCCGAUUCAAUGGAAGAUUUUAUUGACGACGAUGAUGACGAAGCAGAGUCAGGUUCUGGAUCUGACUCAUCGGCAAAUUCAUCGAAAUCAUUUGCUAGUGGCGGCGGCGGCAAUGCAAGCGGUAGUGCACGGAGGGGCUCAAAAGGCACUCGCACACGCAGCCGUAAACAAACUGACAAGGAAAGUGACAACGAAGAGAUAGAGCCGUCGCAACCAGAAGCUGAUCCAUCCGAAUGGUGGAAGCGUUUUGUGGAGGAAAAAGAGUUGAACAACAUAAAUCAUUCUCCGAAACUGGUGAUACUAAUGAACUUGUUGCAAGAAUGCGAAGUUAUUGGCGACAAACUUCUGGUGUUUUCACAGUCUCUGCAAUCUAUAGAUGUUAUAGAACAUUUUUUGGCGUUAAUAGACAGCAAGACAAGAGGAAACGAAUAUGAUGGUGACGUUGGAGAUUUCAAAGGUUUUUGGCAACCAGGAAUAGACUAUUUUCGUCUAGAUGGCUCAUGCUCUGUCGAAAGUCGUGAGGCUAUGUGCAAGAAAUUCAACGAUGUUGACAAUUUAAGAGGUCGCCUCUUUCUUAUAUCAACGCGUGCGGGUGGCCUGGGAAUCAACUUAGUUGCUGCAAAUCGCGUAGUUAUUUUCGAUGUGUCUUGGAAUCCUUCUCAUGAUACCCAGAGCAUUUUUAGAGUUUACCGUUUUGGCCAGGUUAAACCUUGCUACAUUUAUCGCCUAAUAGCCAUGGGUACAAUGGAGCAAAAAGUAUAUGAGCGUCAGAUUGCAAAGCAAGCAACAGCUAAGAGAGUUAUUGAUGAGCAACAAAUUUCUCGACACUACAAUCAAAAUGAUCUUCAGGAACUAUAUUCCUACGAGCUGAAACCCAGCACUGAAAAAGAAAUACCAAUAUUGCCCAAAGAUCGGUUAUUUGCAGAGUUGCUGAGUAAACAUGAGUCAUUGAUAUUCAAAUACCACGAACAUGACUCGCUUUUAGAGAACGAGGAAAGUGAGAAUCUCAAUGAAGAUGAACGUAAAGCUGCUUGGGCUGAAUAUGAGGCAGAGAAAACUCGUAGUGUCCAAACUGCUCAAUAUAUGUCUUACGAUCGUGGUGCUUUCGGCGGUCAAUUUGGCAACGCUUCGGGUGGAGUAACCUCAAAUCGCAUAUUCGGCUUUCGUUCCGAUGUGCUGUUGCAGUUGCUAAAUAUGAAGAUUGUCAAGGAUCAUCCGGAAGUAACACAUACUCAAGCUCUUCAACUUGUUCCCACGUAUUUACAACAUUUGUACACCGAAAUGAACAAUAACAAUCCUACAAUGUAUAAAGAUCUGCUGGCCAUACAUGCCACAAUCGCCCACCCGAGCGGCAUGUACAUGAGUCCACUUUUGUACGCAAAUCAAAAUCCCAAUGCAGCGGGUUAUUUCCAAGCAGCUGGUGGGCCUAACGGUCAGCAGAUUGAAGCUGUAGGGCAAGGCCCGGGAGCACCAUCGGGUGUCGGUUUUGAAGCUGCCCCCCCCGCCCGGAUUCAAAGAGAAUGAGGUAUACGAGAUUGACUAAUCGAUAAAUUAUUGCUAAAAGAAUAUCCCGUUUUCCCUUAAUAUUUGUAAACGAUGAAUAUCCUAGGGGGUGAUAUUCAUACACUUUGGAUUCUGUUGCAGAAGGGACACAAAUCAAUGUGUAUGUCUUCGUUUUCUUUUUUUUUUUUGAAUUUUCCGCACUUGCUCUCAAAUGUUGUGGCAAAUGCCUACUACAAAUAUGCCUACAUAAUGAUACAAAUAACAACUAUAACUGUUUAAAAAAUAUCCUGUUUUAAAAUAUCAAAUUUAUAGAAUGCGUAGAAAUGAAUUCGAAAGUAGAGUUUUUAAGUUUAUUUUUUUCACACUGAGUAUUAAUAUAAGAAAAUACAUACCUACAUAUUAUUAAUAAUAAAUAUUC